UUCAAUCUAUUGCAAAUACUAUUCUGGGCUUAUUGUAUUAGUGUUCAUGGAGCUCCCUGAGUGGAGGUUAUGUUUCACACUAUGUGCUGACUGUCUGUACUUACAGAAGAUAUUUAAAAAUAAACAGACUUUUUCAAAGAUUUUGAUUCCAGUGGAAUCUGCGCUUUAGAUUUUUGUCCUGUCAAUUAACUCCUGAAGCAAUGCCUGUACAAGCUCCACAAUGGACGGAUUUUCUCUCCUGCCCGAUUUGCACACAGACUUUCGACGAAACAAUCCGGAAGCCCAUCAGCUUGGGUUGUGGCCACACUGUCUGCAAGAUGUGCCUCAACAAGCUCCACCGUAAGGCAUGCCCUUUUGACCAGACCACUAUCAAUACAGACAUUGAACUCCUUCCUGUGAACUCAGCCUUGCUGCAACUAGUGGGUGCUCAGGUUCCUGAGCAGCAACCAAUUACUUUAUGUAGCGGAGCUGAAGAUACCAAGCAUUAUGAGGAGGGCAAGAAAUGUGUGGAAGAAUUAGCAUUGUACCUCAAACCACUCAGCAGUGCGAGAGGUGUGGGUCUUAACAGUACUACUCAGAGCGUGCUAAGUCGUCCCAUGCAAAGGAAACUUGUGACAUUAGUUCACUGCCAGCUAGUGGAGGAAGAAGGGCGGAUCAGAGCCAUGCGUGCAGCGCGGUCGCUUGGUGAAAGAACAGUCACAGAACUCAUUCUUCAGCAUCAAAAUCCUCAGCAGCUCUCUUCCAACCUCUGGGCUGCAGUGAGAGCCAGAGGGUGCCAGUUCCUUGGACCAGCAAUGCAAGAGGAGGCUUUAAAGCUGGUUCUACUGGCUCUGGAAGAUGGAUCUGCAUUGUCACGAAAAGUCUUGGUUCUCUUUGUGGUUCAGAGGCUGGAGCCGCGAUUUCCUCAGGCUUCUAAAACUAGCAUUGGGCAUGUUGUCCAGCUUCUUUACAGAGCCUCGUGCUUCAAGGUGACAAAGCGAGAUGAGGAUUCCUCCCUGAUGCAACUGAAGGAGGAAUUUCGGACUUAUGAAGCUCUGAGAAGGGAACAUGACUCCCAGAUAGUUCAAAUUGCUAUGGAAGCAGGUUUACGCAUUGCACCAGAUCAGUGGUCCUCACUGUUAUACGGAGACCAAUCUCACAAAUCCCACAUGCAGUCUAUCAUUGACAAGUUGCAGACCCCAGCCUCAUUUGCACAGAGUGUUCAGGAAUUAACUAUUGCUCUUCAGAGGACUGGAGAUCCAGCUAACCUGAAUCGUCUUCGACCUCACCUAGAGCUCCUGGCAAAUAUUGAUCCCAGUCCAGAUGCUCCACCUCCGACAUGGGAACAACUGGAAAAUGGACUAGUUGCUGUGAGGACUGUGGUUCAUGGCUUAGUUGAUUAUAUCCAGAAUCACAGCAAGAAAGGAACAGAUCAGCAACAGCCUCCUCAGCACAGCAAGUACAAGACAUACAUGUGCCGAGACAUGAAACAGAGAGGAGGAUGCCCCCGAGGGGCCAGCUGCACCUUUGCACAUUCACAGGAGGAACUAGAAAAAUUCCGUAAAAUGAACAAGCGUCUGGUUCCCAGAAGACCCCUGAGUGCCUCCCUGGGCCAGCUAAAUGAGGUGGGCCUGCCUUCAGGAGCUAUCCUCUCAGAGGAAGGGGGAGUGGACUUGCCCAAUAGGAAAACUUCUGCUCUGCCAAAUGGAAUUGUGUCAACAGGCAGCACGGUGACGCAACUUAUUUCUCGAGGGACUGACUCCGGUUACGAAACUGCUCUGAAGCCAGGGAAGAUGGACCAUCUGAGUAGCAGUGCCCCUGGAUCCCCUCCUGACUUGCUUGAAUCUGUCCCCAAGAGCUCUAUUUCUGCCUUACCAGUGAACCCUCAUCCUGUGCCUGCUCGGGCACCAACAGAUCUGCCUUCAGUGUCCGUCACCAAGCAGUUGCAAAUGGUACCACGAGGGUCUCAGUUGUAUAAUACUCAGCAAGCAGAUAUGUUUUAUCAAGACCCUAGAGGCGCUGCGCCACCAUUUGAGCCAGCACCCUACCAACAAGGAGUUUACUAUCCCACUCAGUCCAUGUCUCGCUUUGUCCGACCGCCUCCAUCAGCUCCUGAACCUGGUCCACCUUAUUUAGACCAUUACCCACCCUACCUUCAGGAUCGUGUGGUGAGCCCACAGUACACGCAGCCGCAGCAGUAUCCUCCUAUGGGACAACCCAUAUACCCACCACACUACGACAGCCGUCGCGUAUAUCCCCCUGUCCAGCCAUAUCAGCGAGAGGAGAUUGUCCGAGGAAGCCCUGUACCCAUUGAAAUUCCACAAGCAGCUGUACCUUCCUACGUACCUGAAUCCAGAGACAGAUACCAGCAAACAGAGGGUUACUGCCCAGUGGCUCCACAUCUCAAUCAGAUCAGACCUUCAUGCCACAGGCCACAUCCCAGCCUGGACGAACUUCACCGACGAAGGAAAGAGAUCAUGGCCCAGCUAGAAGAGAGGAAGGUGAUUUCUCCACCUCCUUUUGCACCAUCACCAACCUUGCCUCAUCCUUUUCAUUCAGAGGAGAUUUUUGUGUUUGUACAGUACUUGGAUGAAGACCUGAAGGUAGCUGGGAAAUACAAAGGAAAUGACUAUAGCCAGUACUCUCCCUGGUCCUGUGACACCAUCGGCUCCUACAUUGGAACCAAAGAUGCAAAACCCAAAGAUGUUGUGGCAGCAAGGAGUGUGGAGAUGGUGAACGUAGAUAGUAAAGCCAUGCGUGACCAGCGAUUAGACAUGCAGCGAAGAGCAGCAGAGACUGGUGAUGAUGACCUCAUUCCAUUUGGAGACCGACCAACUGUGUCAAGAUUUGGGGCUAUCUCUCGUACUUCCAAAGCGAUGUACCAGAAUUCUGGUCCCAUGCAGGCCAUGGCAGUUCAGGGAGCUACCACCAAAUCAAUCAUUUCAGACUACAAUCCUUAUGGAACUCACGGUGGCUGGGGAGGCUCUCCAUAUUCUCCUCAUCAAAAUAUACCUUCUCAGGGACGUUUCAAUGACAGGGAGAGACUGUCCAUGUCAGAUGUGGCUGGUCAUGGGAAACAGUUGCCCUCAGCAGAGCGAGAGCAGCAGCUACGCAUGGAGCUGCAGCAAGUAGACCAUCAGAUUAGCCAGCAGACACAAAUGCGAGGACUAGAGGCUGUUAGUAACAGGCUGCUGUUGCAGAGGGAGGCGACUACCUUGGCAGGCCAACCACAGCCCCCACCCCCACCUCCCAAGUGGCCUGGGAUGAUCUCAAGUGAACAGCUGAGCUUGGAGCUACACCAGGUGGAAAGGGAAAUUGGGAAGAGAACCCGUGAGCUGAGCAUGGAGAGCCAGUCUUCACUGGAUAUUAAAAACAAACUGGGCACCACUAAACAGACAGAAAAUGGACAAUUAGAACCACAAAGCAAGGUUCCAGCUGAGGACCUCGCACUGACAUUCAGCGAUGUUCCGAACGGAUCAGCCUUGACACAAGAGAACAUUGGCCUCCUGUCAAACAAGACAGCAUCUCUCAGCCUGUCAGAGGACCCAGAGGGAGGAGGAGACAACCACGACUCCCAGAGAGCGGGAGUUACACCCACGUCUGCUCCAUGAAGUGAGGCCAGCAUACCCCAGAGUUUCUUUUGCUGGGGUGUUGGUAGCUUCCAUCACGUUUUUUUCCAGGGGUGAUUGGAGAAACCCAGGAGCAACAGCAGUAGCAGAGCAGCAGGUCCAGAGGCAAUGUGCACAAACACAACUACUAGAAACAAAUCCUGCACAUAGUUCACAUUAACGCAUUUUUUAAUUAAAAAAAUGAAAAUUAGCAGUAUCUGCAAGCGAUUCAAAUUAAAUUUGUUUUUGUUCUGUGAAUGAACUUUAUUUUAAUAACUUUGGACGCCUUGGAUCCCAGGGCUUAAAAAAAAAAAGAUAUUAUAUAUAUACUCUGUUUGAUUAAUUGUAUGAUCUUAAUGAAGUAGGUUUUUUCUUUUAUUUUGGUAUUAUUACAUACCCAGUGCAUAAUUCCUUAUCACCUUAAUUUCUCAAUGACUAAAACAACCUGGCCGCUUCCUUGUAUGGUUUAAGGGUAAACAAGGAAUGAGGGUUGCAGAGUAGCUGUGAAUUGCAGUGUCAAAAGAUGUGCAGCAAACUUCAUUCUUAAAACAGUUCCCCCCACUGUGGCUAGGAACUGAACCCUAGCUUGUGCGAGACUGCUUAAAUUAUUUAAGUUUAAACUACAAGUGACAGAGUCUUUGCCAUGUAACAGGUGCAGUCCUUCGUGUAUGUCCCAGCACAGCAUGUGUAAUUAAAGAGGAUAACAAAAUAAGUGUCCAACAUGCAUUAUUUUAUUUGAAGGUUGCUGGCCUUUUAUUUUCUGUUGGGACUAAAGAGGUCAGCAGAAUGCAGACCAGUCUACUACAGCAUGGGUAUUUCUGAAGCUGGUUAGCUGAGGCUUGUGGUAGAGAGGCUUAACUAACCAGUGAAGGUUGUGCAGCCAUGACCAAGGCUAGAAACAUGAAGUAGAGUGAACAUAAGGUUACGCAGUUGCUAGAAGGAUGUUAACUGCCCAUGAGCUGGUGAACCAUGUUAGUUCAUCCAGUGUUUGCUGGGGUGUUUUUUUCCCCCUUCUCACUGCCUUUAAAACAAGCUUACCCAAAGUCCAUACAAUUAAUUUGAUGCAGAGGGACUUACUGAACUCUCUGCCUUUUGAAACAGGUCUUUCAUGUAUGCCUCCUUCUCAGCAACUCUUGCCUUUGUUUUUUCUUCAUUGUUAUUUUAUUAUUAUCAUUAAAAACAUAACAAUUUCCUCUAUAACUUGAUUUUUUUCCUUUCUUUUGUUCAGUGAUACAACAGUUAUUCAAUUGUAAUACUGUUGUGAGGGCCUUUUACUGAAGGAGACCAACAUCUUUGAUGGCAAUCAAGAUGAUGGCUAUCUUUAAAAAAGAGGGGAACAUUUAUUUCUUUUUUAAAUUUGACAUUGUUUAAAGUCUGUGUGUAUUAGAAUUUGACACCUGAGAAUCAAUCUGCAGCUUGUCUGCCACUGCUGCAGUGAAUCCUUCCUAGAUUCCCCUUUCACAGGGGAAAAGUUGCAUCAAAAUGACCAUUUAAGGUACAGCACAGAUCCUGUCAGAAGUAGUUGAAGUAGUGAAAAGCAAAUUUUGCUGGAUAGAUCUAGUGUGCUACUUCUCCAAGUAGAUGCUUUGUAAACGUAAGGUGGAGAAAUGGUAAGCCUUUCUAGGUGUUUUAUUUAAAAGUUAAAGAAAUGAAAGAUUUUGCUCUUGCUGCACAUUUUUUGACUCUUUCGACAUGCACUGGUGUGAGACCCUGUAUACAAAGAACUCUGUGGAGAAUGACUUUAAAGUGCUGCUCCCUCUGCACCUUCUUGGCCUGUUCUCAUUUUUUCUUUCUGGGUUAGACUACUAAAUUGGAAAGCACUGGUUAUGUAAUAAAUUACUGCAUUGCUUUGGUUGGGUAAAGCAAGAGUUAAUAAUUUUUUUUGGUUUUUAGUUUUUUCCUUAACCUUAACUCCUGCUGAGGUCAUAGCAACCUUGGGCUAAGCUUUGCAUUCAUCAUACUGUUAAAUAAAACAAAAUGGGGGGUGGGAGGGGAUACAGUCCCACUAUUGCCUACCAGUAGGAGAGUCCAAACAGAAGACUCUUUUGAGUAGCAAUUAUUUAAUUUGCCCAGUCAAGGCACCGCGUUUAUAUACUAUUUCACAUUGAAUUUGAUUAUGCCCUACAGACCUGGCUGGUCAAGGAUUUGAUACACAUAUUGGCUUGGGAUUCGAGCUUUCUUUUUUAUUUAAAUAAAAAUUUAUAUAUAAAUAUAUAUAUACAUAUAUACAUAGUUAUAUCUGUAUAUAUAUUGGGUAUGUUUUAAGAAUUUUUUCGCAUGAGCGCAGCUGUUGUGAUCAAAUGUCUGGGAGGUAGAAACACUGAAUGAAAAUAAAGGCAUUUUUCAGCACACACGCCCACACUUUCCAUACGUCUUCACACGGGUUUAUUUCGCUCUUAGUUGAACUUUGGCCUCUUAAUUGCCAAGAGUAGUUUUGAAGCUUGCUUUUUUUUCUAACCCCUCUUUUGGCAAAGAAUCAUCGCAGUAAAAUAGCUUCAUCUACACCUUGCCCCCAUCCAUCCUUAUCUCCUACUUGAGACCUAGCAUUACAGCUGCUCCCCUUCAAGCUGAGCAGAGCUAGGCUGAUGCAGUUUUGAGCCCGUCAGGUCUGUUCCUCCCUUCUGUGCUCUGGGCAUGACCAUGAUUAAUGUGUUCCCCUGGCAGCCUGCUCACAAGUCAACUGAUAUGGGCACCGUACCCUGUUCUCCCAUGCUUAAGUGCAGAGCACCACCAUCAGGUCAGCCUUCUCAUUGUAGUUUUUAAUUAGUUUACUUCUUCCUGCUGUGUCUUUAUUAACACAGGGAGCUCAUUUUAGUUGAGAUAAUAGUGCAAUAUUCUAAUCUAGGAGGACAAGCCCAGAAUGUACCUUUUUUGAUUGCAGUAAUUCUUGAUGUAAAAUGAAUUUUCAAAGACGGUUAUGAUAUGUUUGAAUCUACAGAGUCAUUUUCAACACUAGGAAGAAAAUCUGGAGGGGCAAAAAACUUUUUGCCUUUUAUUACUUGUGCCAGCUAGUUUCCUUGCCAAGUUAGGGAUUAAUUUUUUCUCCACUUUUGCUCCCGGGAGGAAUUCUGCAGUAAGAGCUGUUCAGAUUGCUGGCCUCCAUAUGGUGAAUGCUUCCAAAACCUGUGGAUUAGAAGGAAGACCUUACUCUUGUUUUUUCUCCUUUAUCCAGCUCUCCGUGCUGUACUUUGUGCAUAGUGUCCUUGUUGUGGUCAGUGUGUCCAGGUGAAUGCCCUGUUUGCCCAAUAUUAUAUUUUGGCUUGUUAAAUAGUUUGUUUAAUAUUUACCAACAGUAUUGAUUUUUGGCUUUGUUUUUUCCCUUCCUCCUCUUGUCCUUUUUCUGCUUUUGCAGAAGUUUAGUUGAUAAAACAAGUCAAACAGCAAAAUGCAGUGCAUGCUUUUAAUUCUUUCUGGAAGCGGCACCUAAAAUUUUCCCUUUUUGUGGAAAAGCAUGCUAGUAGAACUGGGAGGACAGAUAGCUCUACAUAUAACAGAAGCAUUGAUGGUUACAGCAAAUAACUAGGGAAUGAAAAUGUCUGGAGUAACUCUGUAUACUGCUACGUUCAUUUCUAUAGCCCAUCAUUGUCCCAGUUGUACAGGAAUGCUGUCCACCUCAGUGAAAUUGGUCUCAGCUAGAAAGUGGUUUAGUUCCUUCUACUUGGGCAAGAAGAAGCAGUAUUACAAUGGUGUUAGGACACUACUGCAUCAUUUGGUAGGUAGGUUAGAUUUUCUACUGCAGUAGACAACUUUGAACACUCAUUGAUUACCUGAGUUUCAGCCCCAGCAUGGAGAAACUCCCCAGAAUAGGAAGCUUCAAGUGUUAGGUUAAGUUUUGGUAUGUCAAACAGUGAUUCAGUCAGUGUAGGAAUGUUGUUUCUUUAUUCUGUAGUGUUAUUUUCCUCCUCCUUCUGUCAACAUCUCUUCUUCCUUUCCUGUGACUUAGCUCUCUUUUCUUAAUAGGAUAAACUUACACUUUUUCUUCUGCCCCUCUUGCAUACUAUCGUAUCCUGUCCCAUUUUAGAGUAGGACUUUUUUAUUCAGAUCAGAGUACCUUUCAAACUUGCAGCACUGUUAUCCCCUUUCUUCUCAAGUUCUUCUCUGUCUAGUUUCCUCUGAGCCUUACUCUCUCCCUUUUGUCCAUACCUUCCUUCCUUUCCUUCUGUGGCUUCCCUGUUCACCCUCCCUGAUUGUGUAACAGUGACAGCUUGCUGCCUCAAAACAGAGCAUUCAAAUGAAUUCGCUUAGCCAAUAACUUCUGUGAAGUUGCCUUUUCUAAUGGUGUUAUUACUCAGUGAUGCACAAAUGUGAUAUUGCCCCUACUGGUAGGCAAACGGGGGAUCUGUAUAAACAUGGUAAACUGCUGUUUUUCUUUAAAGGAGAGCCAAAGACUUGUGCUUUACACUUUUUUUUUUUCCUGGUGUAGCCAUUUUGAUUGUCAAAUCUUUGUAGGGUUUUGUGAGUUGACUGUAUUAUCCUAAUAACAAUUUACAAAAGUUAAUGAUUGUCAAGCCUUCUCCAUAUGUUGAAUUGUGGAAAAUCAUUCCAUUUAGUCAUACAAUUUGCAAUGUACUGAGAUGUAUCUGGGGUAUUCUGACAUGUUUCCAGUCUCUCAUGUGCUCUCUCAGAUGAAGGAAUGGCUCAUUUAGAGAGGGAGAAGGAACAUAGAAAUUUUAUAUAAUCAAAGAAGCCUUGUCUUUAAGUGUUUAAGUCUAAAUUGAAUACUAAUUUAAAAUUUAAUUCAGUUACAGUAAAAGAUAAAUCUGUGUUGCAAAUGUGACUGACUUUUAAGCCCAUUGGAACUGAAAAGUCUUGUCAAACUGUAGCAUUACAUUAAAUUAGAUGUGGAAGAAGCAAACUUGUAUGAUGAUAUUGUCUCUUGACAGCACAAAUUGAGUAAGGUGGGGCAAAUUCUUUAUUAGAAAGGACUAAGAGUGAGGCUUUUCAUUGAUAAUACAAGAAAGCCACUUGCAUUUCCCUUCCUUGAUCUAAAACUCUUGCAGACUGUUACGAAGGCUUUCAGGUUCAGAGAGAAAUUUAUAAGUUAGAGUAGCAUAAACCCUCAUUUCCAUUGCCAUUUCCAUUUAUAAAUCGGACUAUAGCGAAGCAGACUUACAGGAUAGUUGUCUGAAGAACCCGAAUAUAAAGUAUCUUCGGUUGACUAAGCUAUUUCAGACCCCCUUUCGUGGUCCAAGAAAUUCAGUGCUAAUAAUCAGGAGGCUCAAGAGCAGGAGUGCCAUCUCAUCUUCUUUGUUAUAAAAUGGGGGGGGGGAACAUAUAAGCAGUGUGCAAGUUUUCUGCUUGUCUGUGUGUGUAUGAAGAAGUUUUUGUAGUCCUAGAAUAGCUAGAAGGAACACAAAGCAGGACUGGGGCAUGACGUUACCUUCAUAUUCAAAUUUUGUCAUCGUUCACUUUCCAAAACACACACUUCCUAUUUGCAUCUUAUAAUGUUGGUAGCACUGAUUUAAAAACAACCAAAAAAAAGUCAGCGUGUCAGCAACUUAAUUUUUUGUAUCGCAAUAAAUCAGUUCCCCUGGAUGAAAAAAAGGCAGCAAAAGUUCUUGAGUUGUCUAAAUGGCAAUUUAGACAUGAACUGGAAAAACAUCUGCCUUGCUUGAGUAAAUGUAAACUCUGAAUUUAUGAGGAAAGUGAAACAGCUUUUCUGAGCCACCUUUUAGGUAUAGCCUUGGUGCUAACAGUUGGGUGGUUGUUACUUGUGGUACACCAGCAUACAGAUUAUGUAGCGCAAAUUGAUGUAUUCUCAGAUGAAAUAUAAUCUGAAAUGUCAAAAACUUCAUUUGGGGAUUCUCUUUUUCAUACUCAACUGUUAUCAACUGCAUUAUUUUCUGUUGAAAUGUCGAGGGGGUGAAAGAGGCUAGAGUAAGUUAGUUCAAGUCAUGCAAUAUCAGUAAGCGAUUUUGGGGAAUGUUAUCCCAGCACAGUGUCCUUACACAGUUAACAAGCGGUCUUUAUUGUGUAGGAAGAAGAAUGUAACUGCUUAGUGUUGUCAUAGUCUUUGAGGCACUUCUUGUGAUGCAGGUAGAGCCUUGAUUAGCAGGAAAAGGAGAACAAACUUAAUAUUGAUUUUCUUUAUAACUUUAUUUCCCCAUGGCAAGUGUAAUAUCAUGCCGUGGAAACUCUUUGAACACUAUGGUAAGCAAAGAGGGUGCAGCUUUUUCUGAAAUUUCCCAAUAAAAAAAAGCAUGUGGGAAUGUGGAUUUGUCUGCAUUGGGAACAUCCCGGUCAUUUGAACCUUAAAAUAUGUGACCAUAAUAAUCAAAACUGAAUGCCUAUAGCUUAGUAACCUAAAUAAUUAACUGAUCUUUCCCAGGCAAUCUUUGCAAUUCCAGUGAGUUUGUGAAUGAUUUUAGUGCAAAUUGCCAGGUGUUCAGCAUUUAGGAAAGUCUAGGUGCCUAGCUUCAUCCAGCAAGGCAGGUGUCUUUGGAUAUACAGGCUGGAUGUUUUCAUAUUCCAGGAAACAACUGAUUCUAAGAUUUGAAAGUUUUAGGAAAACACAAGUAUUUACUUCAAUUUGAAAAAUACAGUUUUGGGAAAGAUGGAGGCAACAGGUGGUGCAGUGCCUCUGAAAAUAAAAAGCAUUAGAGAUGAUGGAAUUACAUACGAAAUGUAUAUGGGGAAAAUAUAUCUGUAAGCAAAAAAGAAAAUCUUGUGGAGUAUUUGAUGUUUAAGAAAUUAUUUGCUUCUUUGUAAUGUUAAAAAGAUUUAUAAAUCGCUCUGUGGCAGACAGUACUCACAAGUCUUUGGCAUCCAAACCAGAUUGUGUAUUGGAUGAAUCCCACAACUGGAUGUGUGCACUGAUCUCUUUAUUUCUAGCUUUUUAAAAAGAAACUUGGUAGCAGCAUUUUAUAAAUGUAUAAAGCAACCUGAGACAGAAGAGAAGAAACCCUGUUCACGUCACAGCUGCUGCACAGUUUACUAUUGGUACCUUUAAUCGGCAGCCUCUCCUAAGUGAAGCUGCUCUAACAUGGGCAAAUCUUCAAAUCAUUAAAUGACUUUCAGUUUUUUCUAAUUUUAAGGAGUUCCCAUUACCCCUUUGGCCUCUGCUUGCUGUGUAAGCAGCCUCUAUGCUAAGAGGAGCUUUCCUUGAAGUCAGCUUAGCAACUGUGCUGUAGCUUGAUUAUUUUUCCCUAUUUUCUAUAACUGGUCGCAUAGUGUCAAGCUCUUUCCCCGUUGUAUUUGUUGCUAUGGGGAGGAAGAGGUGAGGUAAGGCAUGCGUGGGAGGAGGGAGGAAGAGUUGUGGGAUCUUCUAUAUGACAGCUCCUACCCCCUCUUUGAAAUGAUCCACUUCCAGUUGUGGGAUUUCUCUACAGAUUACUUUUUCCCUGUUUUUUGUAAGCCUAGUUUUCUUUGAUCUUGUUAGUUCCGUACAAGUCUCCCCGAGACAUUCUGCAGUCAUUAUCACCUUUUUGGGUGGAGUUUAUUUUAUUUUUUGGUUUGUUUGGUUUUUUAAAUACUUUUUAACAUUGGUGCGUAUAUGCUUGGGAUAGAGCUCAUGUAAUUUUCCAAUCGUAUUGAUUGUAUGUGAUUGUGCCCUGCAGAGGUAUAUUUAACAAAAAAAUAAAAAGGAUAGCCUAGGUAAUAAAGGAGACCAUGAGAUUUGUUGAGUCAGGUUAUGAACUGUUUCUUGAAUUUAUUUAGGAUCCUGGAUAAGUGAAAUUACCUGUCUGCUGUUCUCAUAAAUCAAUGCUAACAAAAUGUCAUGAAUUCUCGCUUUCUGUUUGAACUGGUCCUUUUCUUGCUUUUCUUCUCCUUCUGCUGUUUUCUUCCUUUCCUGCUUCUCUUCCCCAUCAAAAAAAAGUCUUGAGCCUUUAUGGGAAUGGCUAACUGGGUUGGUAUUGUGAAUAUUUAUUGUUUGUAACUAUCAAAACAUUUUUAAUAGGAGUAGAGAUUAAGUAGAAUGUAUGAGAAGAAUUCCGUAAACGGAAUUCUUUGCAAGUUCAGGGGAAUUUUGAAGUCUUGUACAUAUAGGCCUGGUCACGGGGGAGGUAUUCAGAGGCACACAAGGCACUGAGAUCGCUUUCUUUGAAAGGUUAGAUGUUUUACUACCUUUUGGAAAAACUCUGAGAUGACAAAAGGAGUAGAAGAAAGGUUCGCUAUAUCCAACUCCCUGUGUCUUUACUCCUGCAACAUACUUUUUAAACUUGAAAGAAAAGCCUUCUAGAUAUUAUGCUGAAGUGGGAUGGAAUGGACUGAAGGAGGCAAGAGGAUCCAGAGAUCUGAAAGUCAGUGUUUGUCUCCUUUAUUUCUUUUUUAGAACUAUAGAGCCAACAGUGUCACUUUUGUAUUAAAGAACAAGGAAGUGGAGACCUGUUGUGUGUGCAUGGUGGUUGUCUAGAAAAAGCCAUAUGUUGAAAUGCUAUUUCUUCUUCCCUCUUCACCUCGCUUUUCUCCCUCUUAAAGCUGGCUCAGCCUCACCUUGCUGCCACAUAGUGUCUAAGGGUCCUUUGAGUUACAGAUUCAACAAAAAAAAUAGAGUGGAAAGGUGGCAAUUCACUACUUCAUUUGUAAAUAGAUGGAAGUGUCUACAAGGUCUUACCUGCUUUUCUGUCAGCAUUUGUAUUAAAUGAUAAA